AUGAAAUCAUGUGCUCUAGAAGUCAUCUCGUCUUUUAUAUCUAUGGAUGUCUCAAAUCAACUCAAGCAAGUCUUUAAAUUCUUUGACAUAGAUGGAGAUGGCAAGAUUUCUCAUACGGAGCUCACAAAUGUGUUGUUGACUUUUGGUCAAGAAAAGUCAAAGGCCACCAUUGAAGCUCAAGGGAUACUCAAAGAGGUUGACUUUAAUGGAGAUGGGUUCAUUGACUUGGAGGAGUUCAUGGCCAUCAUGGAUGGUUCCAAGCCUGUUUUUGCUUGUUCUAAGGUAGAUGAUGGUGAUCAUGAUCUUAGAAAUGCUUUUUUGGUGUUUGAUAGUGAUAAAAAUGGACUCAUUUCUGCAAAGGAGUUGCAAAGGGUGCUCAUUAGCCUUGGAUGUAGCAAUUCUAAGCUUGGAAAAUGUAGAAAGAUGAUCAAAGGUGUUGAUAAAGAUGGGGAUGGUUUUGUUGACUUUGAGGAAUUUAAGUCCAUGAUGUCCAUUGGAAUCAACUAG